CCGGCUACUGCUUGUAGCUAACGUCGAUGGACGACCCCCUUCGCGAUGAGGAGGCCGGCGUCCCUCCACAGCAACCGCGACGGCGCUCGUUCUCAUCCGCUAUCAUUCUCAUGGUCAUGCUCUUCUUGCUCACCAGCCACAACGGCGACGAAUUUCUGGCAAGACACCAGUACCAGAACGCGCUGCAGUCACUGACGUAUCAGCUCUCCAACUUUACCGCCUGGAUGAACGGGACUGAAACAAACUUCACUGUGCCAGAUCGAGAGCCUUCUCUCACUUCUUUACUGCAUGAAUUCAUUCCCGUACGUCUGCCUUUGGACCCUCUAUACUCCUCGUACUACUCCAAUGUCACUGGAUUCAUUCGAGGAAGCUCGGCCUUUUUCAAUAUCACACCCUCUUUCUUGUCCACAGUUUCGUACUCUUGGAAGGAAGCUGCAGAGUCUUUCAUUGCCCAGGUAAAUGAAACAGAGGUUGUCGAGAGGGCUGGAAUCUGGAACUGGACCGCUUCCAGCAGAGUAUCCUUCAGCGUUUCGGAGAAGAAGCAGCCCCACACAUUAGCGGUGGAUCUUGUUUUGAUUAAUGGCCGAAUAGAAUUGACCGACGAAAAUACGAAGGAGGAUUUGAAGUUUGAUUUCGAAGGUGUCCACUUCAUGCCCAACGGCUCAAUAUAUGGGUUUGCAGAGCCAUCGGGAAGAAACAUAGACAUCAGAUUGUUACCUUCCCUUGUGCCAGAAAAUCAGAAAAACGAGACUGCACGCUUCGUGGAGCCCGAGCUUGCAUCGAAACUGAAAAAACUUAAGAACUUGAUUGACGCAGGUGUCAUCGAGCAUGAACCAACGCCUCAACAUGAAACUUCGACGUGCCCAUUCGCUCUGUAUGCGCAGAUGGAUCCAGUCAGUAUCUCGGAGCGUGAAAUGCAGCAACUGGAGGAAGAAAUGCAGCACCCGAAGGGUCUUCCCACUGUGUCUCCCCCCAAGCUUUCUGUAUCAGGCAUCCUUAUCAGCAAGGAAUGCGGUAUCAUGUUUGAAAUCCGAGAAACCGAGGGACUGAGGUCUCGCACGUUUUUCCGCAAAGUCACAACGUAUGCAGGAAGUGCAACAGUGAUAUAUUUCAUACUUCUCUUUGUCCUAGCGCGGCAAAUGGAGCGGAGCCGGACGCCCUCGGGGAUAUCGCGAGUGUCCCGGUGGACUUUCUUCACACAGUCGACCAUUGAUUCAGUUUCUUUCGCUGGUCACAUCACUUUUGCUAUAAUUGCAGAAGGUCGGCCUUCUCUCUCUCUUACCGCGCCAGCUUUUUUGGCCUGUACUAUGUUUGUGUACGAGGCGCAAUUUUCCGUUCUCAUACACCAGAUUCAGAUGCCCGAAGACAUCGUUGAUCCCGUACCUGCCCCAACUACCGCUAUCACGCAAGAACGUACUGGUAAUGUCCCACCCCCUGUGGUUCCCCCAAAUCCAGCGACAACGGCGGCAGCUCCCAGUCUGUCCUUUUGGGCAUUUGCUAUCCAGCAUCUAAGAUCCGAUCCUGGUGCCAGACUUUGGAUCACUAUGUUCUUCUUUUUAACGUUCAUCGUUCGGGUUAUCCUGUCGCCCACGCUAUCCCUCAUGUUCGUUGCUCUCACAUACUCGUUUAUCUGGUUACCUCAGAUCAUUCGUUCCGUCCGCCGGGGUCGCUCAAGUGGGUUUUCGAAAGAAUACGUAAUAGCCACGACAGGUUGUAGGCUUUCCCUUGGAAUGUAUUUCCUUGCUUGUCCAAAGAAUGUUCUAGAUGUCGAUCCUCGAUCCUGGGCAUGUUAUUUGGCUGCUUUUGUAUGCCUCCAGGCCUUGAUAGUCAUCCUUCAAGAUGAACUCGGACCAGCCUUCUUCCUCCCCGCAAAGUACGCCGCUGUGAAGGCCUACGACUAUCACCCGGUAUUGCCCCUCCCCGAUCCUGAGGCGCCGGAACAGUCUCUCGGAGAUUGCGUAAUCUGUCUGGACGCUAUCUUAAUAGAAUCUCCUCUAUUGCGGAAGAGGAAGUCGAUUGAUGAAAAGCAUGAUGACUGGGAUACCCGGAGCACAGCGAACAAACGGAAAAUAGCGAAAGGCAUUGAUGCAAGUGGGAUUUUAAAUGCCGUCCAGGCUGGUGUUGGAAACGCUGUUGCAAGGAAGAAUUAUAGCCUUGCGCCAUGCCAUCAUCUUUUCCAUACUGAAUGUCUUGAGAAAUGGCUUGCUAUUAAGAACAUCUGUCCGCAAUGUCGUCGACCUCUCCCACCUCUAUAAUGAUUUAUUUAAUGCACUGUAUAUCCACCGCAUGUAACUAAUGUGUAUUUUAAAUUUAUUCCUGUCUCCUGUAUGAGUUUGCU